AUGCCCGAACCGGAGGCCACCCCCGAGUUCCAGGCUACUGCUGCCGACCUCUCGCCCUACUGUCCAUCUCCCCUCCAUUCCGCCGCCCCAGCUGUUGUGCCUGCUCUCCAGGAUACUGCUGAUAUCCUUGAUGCAAUGUCCGCCCAAACUAAUGGAAUCGCCCAGAGCGGCCUAGACGCACCUAUACAUGCACCAGUGUCGACCGAACCGUAUGCGGGUGCCGCCGCAGACAACGCGGACGCGGACGACGAUGUCGACAGCCUGGACGAUGCCUACGGAGAGGAAGAGGAGACACACACGGACAAGGUUCAGGAACAACAGAUGGAGCCAGAUGCCGGCGAGGAUGAUUAUCUCAAGAUCUUCGACUCUCCUCCUCGGGAUGCGGAUCAAGAAGGCGCGGAACAGGAUGAUGUAUCAAAGGCACCAGAAUCCAUGCACAAUUCCGCCGCUCCUGAUUCUUUGACAAGCCCUUCGCAAGUGGCACACCCAACUGUCGCUGUCGCUGAUACCUCGUCGGCUAAGCCUCCUCCUGCUGCUGCCGCUUCAGACCAAACCACCGAAUCCGCGCCUUCCCAAGCAGCUGCCGCCCAACCAGGAGCUGAUUCGAGCGCGGUUUAUUCGACUGCCAACAUCGCCUCCUUCAAUGGACGCAAUGACAAUGCUCCCGAGGAUGACCACGCCGUUGAUAUCUCUCGACUCGUUGCUGAGAUGACGGGCCAGACGAGCGAGCCUAACAACAACCAAACCCCCACUGGCUCUACUCAGAACCAUGAUACCCAGCCAUCGUCCAACUUGACCUCGUCCGCGUCUGCCACUCUUCCUCCCAGACCUCCGCUGCCUCAGCAGACGGCUCCCACGUACCCAUCUGAAGACUAUCGAGGCUUCCCUCCGCAGAACGCAGCCCCUCAUGUCUCUCCACACAUGAUCGCUCCGCCCACACAAGGCCAACCCUCCACCUAUGUAGCUACGGGUGCUCCCGGUGCCCCUGGUACCGCACCCGACGUCUAUGGCAGCCUCCCUCCUCCACCCGCCAACGGUUUGAACGCAGCAAUCCCCAUCACUUCCAUGAACGCGCCUACCUACCCCACUCCUGCCGGUUACCCUACCGGCCAGGCGGACGAUAAUACUGACCGGCAGAGGCUCUGGGACACCUUCAUAAACGACGAGCGCCGUUAUAUGGCUGACGCCAAAUGGGAUAAAUUCCCCGAUGGCUCACGCAUCUUCAUUGGUUCGCGCUCUCUCUCAUCAGGCAGACCUGACGGCGCCAUUGACUUCUUUUCAGGCAACCUGUCGAGCGAACGCGUUUCCAAGAGGGAUGUCUUUGAUAUCUUUCACAGAUACGGCCGUCUCGCUCAAAUUUCACUCAAGUCGGCCUAUGGUUUCGUCCAGUAUCACAACCUAGAGGACGCCCAAGCUGCCAUGGACAACCUGCAGGGCAGCGAGAUCAAGGGCCGCAAGAUUCAUCUUGAAAUCUCACGCGCCCAGAAGAAGAAGGAUGGCAACGAGAGAAACCGAUCGCCAGACCGUGGUGGUCGCGGGGGCCGACAGUCAGGACGCCAGGAUCGGCAUGACGGAGCUAACUCGCACCAUGACAAUCGUCGCAGUCGCGAUGAUUACAGGCCGGGACGCAGUACCCCUCCCAGGCGCGGCCAUGGCCGUGAGGAUAGUCACGGCCGGGAUCGUUACCAGCAAGACUCCAACGACCGCCCCCGCGGUCGCUCACGGUCUCCGCAAGGAUACGGCCGCAACAACGAUGGAUACCGCAGGCGCAGUCCUAGUCCGCCUGCGGCCUACGGUCGCCCUUCUGCGGCUGAUGACCGCCUCGACAUCCCUCGCCGCUACGGCAACCAGGUUCCCGAUGUGCAGUUCUUGCUCCUCCAAGAUCUCAGCCGCGACUUUAUCACUUGGGUCCAACGCGGAUUCACUGAUCGGGGCCUGAAGGUCGAUGUCAUGUUCCUCCACCCAAGCUUCCCGCGUGAGGCUAUUGUUCAACGCCAAGUUAUCGAAGGCGUGCACGCCAUUGUGGAUCUCGACGUACAGGCACAAAACAUGGGUAAGAUCCCUUUACGGGUCUUCGACCGCUCCGGAGGCGUCAGCGCCCGAUAUGACGACUACCGGGAUAUCGACCCGCCGAUCGCGGCAGAGCUCGUUCUCCGAGCUAGGUCACAAGCAGUGCCAACGGCACCUUAUCAGAAUGCGCCGCCUCCUCAGCCUCAGUACCCAGGAUACGGGCAGCCGUAUGGAGGGCAGCCCGUACCUCCUCAUGCACCCGCCUACCACGGAGGCCAGGGACCGCCGCGUGGCCCUCCUGUGGCACAAGCCCAAGGCCCGGCUGCCACUGCGGCCGACCUUGCCAGCAUGAUGAAUGGUAUCGAUAAUGCGACCUUGCAGCGACUGUUGGCUGGUAUGAACUCUCAGGGUAGUCCAACAGCUGUUAACAAUGCCGCUGGAGCCGCGAACGCUCAACUGCAAGCUCUUAUGGGCGGCCUUCAGCAGGCGUCGCCGGCAGCACCGACGCAGCCUGCCUCGUACGGCGGACAGGCCUUUGCUCCUAAUGGCGCGCCACCCACGAACGGCCACCCCCAUCCUCCUACAGCUGGCACCGGCGACUCGGCAGUCCAAGUUCAGAACAUCAUGGCACAGCUGGCUAGAUAUCGGCAGUGA